UAAGUUUUUUGCAACACACUCCAGUCGUAUGUGCGGUGAAAGUGGAGUGGGUGCAGCUAAGUGAACAGGAAAAGCGAAGGCAACCAGUUACCCCAAUGGUGAAGGAAUACGAAGACGAAGGCGAAGAAAACCCAAAAGACAACAAUAAUGAAAAAUAUAAACCCAAUAAGGAGAGCAGAAAUGUUCACUACAUUAAUUUUGGAGAAGAUGAUCAGAUGGAAAUACAAGGGUUCCUUUGCAAUAAGAUGAAACUGUACUUCACGCGCCUGUUCUACGUGCUCACUCUUGGAAUUUUGAGAUUAAUUUUUCACUGGUACCCCGUUCUUAAGAUAAAAGCAACGCACACUAGAUGCGACCUGGACACCGCGGAAGAAGUGCUGAUAAUAAACACUUACAAGAAAUUCAAAUCCUAUUUCGUCAAAAAGGUGGAGGUACUAGAGGCUCUAUCUAGUGACAAGCAAGACAAUGGACACGAAACAAGUGACUGUCUGUUAGAGUUCAAUCUCAACGAUGGAAGAAAGAAGAGGCUCUACCAAGCUCGUACUAUUAAAUGCAUGAAACUGACGUACAUUUGGGACGAUGAAAAACGUAAUUUCAUCAAGCUGGCUGGUUUCGACAAAGGGAUAACAAGAGAAGAACUCCACGGCUUCUCAGGGCAGAGCCAAGCAAAGCAGGUUUUCAAGAGGAUCAUCUACGGAAACAACGAGAUUUCUGUCCCAGUCCAAACAGUAUUAACCCUCCUAGUCCUCGAAGCCCUCACGCCAUUUUACGUGUUUCAAUUGUUCAGUUUAAUAGUUUGGCUGUGUGAGCUGUACCUUUACUACACCAUAGCCAUUAUCAUAAUGUCGGUGGUGGGUAUCACCACUUCGAUUAUCCAAACUAGAAAGAACCAAAAGAACUUAAAAGGCACUGUCCACUCUGCGGACAAAGUUAUUGUCUCCCGGGGCAACAACAGCUUCGAGCAAAUACCCACCACAGAUUUGGUACCUGGGGACGUAAUACUGAUCCCAUCGAAUGGUUGCGAGAUGCAGUGUGACGCAGUGUUGACAUCAGGCACCUGUAUAGUCAACGAGAGCAUGCUGACAGGCGAGUCUGUACCUAUAACCAAAAAUCCCCUGCCGAACAACCCCAGACAGUAUAAGGUCAAGGAAGACGUGAGCCACACGUUGUUCUGCGGGACGAAGAUCAUACAAACCAGAACGAAAGGUGACGAGAAAGUAUUGGCAGUCGUGAUAAGAACUGGUUAUUUAACAGCCAAAGGCGAACUAGUCAGGAGUAUUCUGUACCCCCCACCAGCCGAUUUCAAGUUUGAAAGCGACAGUUACAAGUUUAUUGGAAUCCUCGGCCUUAUAGCGGUGUUAGGGGUCAUAUACACCAUCGUUUCCAAGAGCACAAGAAACAUUAACCCCUUUGACAUAAUCAUCAAGUCCUUAGACUUGAUAACGAUAGCAGUUCCCCCCGCCCUACCCGCCGCCAUGACGGUUGGGAAACUGUACGCCUUAAACAGGCUGAAAAACAACAAAAUAUUCUGCAUCAACUCUAGGGUGAUCAACGUAUCCGGUUCUGUGGACUGCAUCUGUUUCGACAAGACUGGUACUCUCACAGAAGACGAAUUGGAUAUGUGGGGAGUCGUACCUGUAGAAGACCAUAAGAUCAAGAACGCAGUUAAAGACGCGAAGGUUUUGUCCAAUACCUCUCACAUCAUCAGGGGGAUGGCGACCUGUCAUUCCCUCAACCUCAUAAAUAGUGAAGUGUGUGGAGAUCCCUUAGACGUUAAGAUGUUUGAAAGCAUAGGGUGGUCACUAGAAGACAUAUACGAGUCAAGCAAAGGCAACAGUGACAUCCACCACCACAUCGUAGUUAAACCAUCUUCCAUAGAGGACAAAUUCGAGAUAGGAAUAGCAAGACAGUUCCAGUUCUCCUCUCACCUACAAAGAAUGAGUGUGGUAACGAAACCUUCAAACACAGACACUUACCACGUCUACUGCAAAGGUUCCCCCGAAAUGAUAACCUCACUCUCAAACUCCUCUGUGCCCGAAGACAUCCUAACUAGACUCAAAGAGUACACCACGCAAGGAUACAGGGUCAUAGCUUUGGGGGAAAAAGACCUGGGUGGUCUAACCCAAGAGGAAGUUGCCAAGUUGCACAGGGAAGAUGUAGAGUGUGACUUGAACUUCAUCGGACUGAUUGUAUUGGAGAACAAACUGAAGCCGCAGACUACGGGUGUUAUCAAGACGUUGAAAGAGGCCAAUUUGAAGGUUGUCAUGAUUACAGGUGACAACAUACAAACUGGAGUACACGUCGCCAAAGAAUGUCAGAUGGUGGAUCCUGACCAAGCAAUCGUUGAGGUGAUUGUCGACGAAGCCACCAAGUAUGAAGCAACUAAGCUGAAGUAUCAAGUGAUUAGUGAAGGUGCAGCUCUUGAGAAGAGUAUCAGUUAUAGUGGCAACUGUUUGGAUAUUGAAAAGAGUCAAAGCAAACAUUACUGUUUCGCCAUCACAGGUAACUCUUGGGCUAACCUGGUGGAUUAUUUCCCAGAGUUAGUACCUAAGGUGGUAGCCAAAGGGGUGGUUUUCGCCAGGAUGUCUGGCCUCCAGAAGCAACAGCUUAUUGAGGAGUUCAAGAACUUGGGUUAUUACGUAGCCAUGUGUGGUGACGGCGCCAACGACUGCGGGGCGCUUAGGGCAGCCCACGUAGGCAUAUCUUUGUCAGAGGCCGAGUCCAGCGUGGCUUCGCCCUUCACCUCCAAAGAACCCAACAUUUCCUGCCUUCCCAAGGUCAUCAAAGAAGGCCGCGCGGCCCUGGUCACCUCAUUUGGGGUGUUCAAGCUCAUGUUGUGCUACAGCCUCACGGAAUUCGCUUCUGUCAUGAUUUUGUACAACAUCGACGCCAAUCUCACAUCUAUGCAGUUCCUCUUCAUCGAUAUCUGCCUCAUAUUGAACUUCGCGAGUUUCUUCGGAAUCACUAAAGCCUAUGAGACUCUGGACAAAGUCCCACCUAUGACCUCGCUCAUGAGUUUCAUCCCCAUCUCUUCCAUGGUUCUCUUUAUGCUCCUAACGGCGGGUUUCCAGAUUUUCUCGUACUAUUACAUCCAGAGCUUCUCGUGGUUCUAUCCCUUCCAGUUUAACGGAGAUGACGACAAAAACUUCCUGUCCUAUGAAAAUUACGCUGUCUACUCAGUGUCUAUGUUCCAAUACAUCACAAUGGCUGUAGUCUUUUCCAAGGGCAAGCCCUACAGGAAGCCGUUAUACACGAACAUCCCCUUUACCUUCUCCCUGGUCGUAAUGACCUUAAUUUGCGUUUAUAUAGCUUUAUAUCCAGCCGAGUGGGUUAAAAAUAUCUUGGAACUGCUGAUGCCUCCCGCUUUUGAUGGGCGGUACACAAUUCUAUGGAUAGCCUUGAUUUGCUUCUUGUGCUGUAUCCUAGCCGAAGACUUCGUGGUAGAAUUUCUCCUUGGUAAGGUCCUGUCUCCGAAAUUGAAGACUUUACAGAGAUCCAAAAGGAAAUUCUUGGGGAUAUUGAAGGAUAUGGAGCAGGAACCAACCUGGCCCAGAUUGGAAGACAAAACCGCGAUAUUGUCCCACGUUUGCGAGGGAAAAGCCAACGGUUUGGUCAACAACGGUUUCGUUGGAUCGCAGAAUACGCUGGUUACAAAGUUUUAGUCAUGAUUAGAUUUUACAGGACUUAUUUUUAUUUAUAUUAACUGUGUAACUGUACAUAAUAGACUUAGGUGAUGUACUUGGUACAAAUGAAUUAAAUAAAGUUAAAAGAACAAGUGGAAAAUAAAUUAACAGUU